AUGACUUCAACAUUCCAAAUGCAACAACCAUUUUAUCGUCCAGCUUCUCUAACCGUGGAUACUCAACACGCACAGAAGUACUUCGAAGACGAAGACAACAGUGUACUAGACGACAACAUUCUCGAACACAACACAAUCGAUUCCGGCUUAGAACUAUCGCCCCCCAUGGCUGACAGUCGUCGAGAGUCUUUUGCUGUCGGCCCUUCGCUUUUCUCACCAAAGACGGAAGACUGGCAGUCGGUCGACAUGCAGUCCGUUCCCUCCAACAAUCCUUUUUACGAUCAGCACAGCAACAACCCUUUCAUGCGCAUUGACCAAACUCAACACAACGCCUUUGCUUCUGCCACCAACUGGGCACUCGGAAACAACUCUGGCGCUUGCACUCCUCUUCAUCCUUUUGAUGGUGUUUCUGCCGAAUAUGACACAAAUCUUCCUCUCUUUCAGCGACCCAUGACUGGCCCAACACCGUUUUCCAACCCUGGAAACAUGUUCUCGUCGCUCCAUGCCGGCAACCAAUCCAUCCCCACUUCUCCCCAGAAAGAGUGGAUGACCCCUCAGCAGCCCAUUAACAAGAACAAGAUGCGACCUGGCAGCCCCGGUCUCCGCUCACACAACGAGAUGCGCCGAGGUGAUGGCAUCAGGAAGAAGAACGCUCGCUUCGAUAUCCCAGCGGAGCGAAAUCUCAGCAACAUCGACCAUCUUAUUUCCCAGUCUACUGAUGAACAAGAGAUCAAGGAGCUCAAGCAGCAAAAGCGACUGCUCCGUAACCGACAAGCAGCCCUUGACUCAAGACAACGCAAGAAGCAGCACACUGAGCGUCUGGAGGAUGAGAAGAAGCAUUACACCGCCCUCAUCACUGACAUGGAGGACGAGAUGAAUGAGCUCCGCACCAAGCUUGAGCAAGUCCUUCUCGAGAAGCAGUCAUACACCAACUACAUCGAGAACCUCAACCUCGAGAAGGAGGAGAUGAUCCGCACCCACACCAUUGAGACUGGUGAGCUGAGGAAGAAGGUUGGCGUCCUUACCGAGCAUGUUCAACGACUCGAGAGCGCCGUUCCCGCGACUGCCGACAACGGUUUCUCAUCCGGCUUCGACGACAUGGACGGUAUGGGCAUGCCUGGCGCCUGGGACGCAUCCAACUUCCUUCACGACUACCCCGUCGAGCCCGAGGUCAAGCAGGAGAUGUCUAUUGUCCCUGCUAAGAAGAAUGAGAACAGCCCAUUCGCCGAGAGCGAAAAGCCUGCCCAAGGCGGUCUUCUCUUCAUGCUCUUCCUUGUCGGCGCUUUCGUUCUCUCCAGCCGCUCUACACCAUCGAUCCCCCGUGUCUCCGAGGAUGUUAGGGCUGCUUCGGCCACCCUCUUGGAUAAUGUCCUCAAGGAUGCCGGCGUCAACUCUCAGUCGGCCAGCAUGCAGGCCGCCCCCCAGCCAUCCGGUGCUGCCAACUGGGGCAACGCCAUUGGUAUGAACGAUAUCACGAUGGACGGUGUCGCGCCUUCGAUGCUUGCCGAGCUCGGUGAUGCUCUCACUCAGCCAACACAGGAGCAGACCAACGAACAAAUAUUCUCUCUGUCGGCUGCUCAGUACAACAAUGUCAACUCGCAGGACUUCCUCCACAAUGCCCCCCAGAGGUCAUCUCCCAGCCAAGGUCGCCGAAACCUGGCCGACGCACUCGCAGCGAUGCGAACCACAGACAAACAAAACGGUGUAGCCGAGGUGUACACGCGCUCCCUCCUCUGGGACCAAGUCCCUAACGAGGUUGUGCGCAACUUCGCGAAAAUGGUGUCAGAAUGCAACAACGCACAGAAUGAGCAGCAAUGCAACGAACUAAGGACAUGA